UGGUUUUCUGGAAGCUCCGCGGAGCCGAGCGUCCGUCCGGGCAUACACGGGUGAAGGGAAGGUAAACCGACGGCUGGAAAGUGCCGCCGAGCCGCGGGGGGAAGAGCUUCAGCGCCAGAACCCGACACUUACCGAGGGGGAAGUCGGUGUGUUUGUGUGCGUGCGUGUGCGUAAAUCCCCCCUCCUACUCUGAAAACAAAGUGUCACCGGCGACUGUUAGGGAUGUGAAGAGCACCGGAACCCACCUGGAGCAGCGCUGUAACCCGAAGCCCGAUGCACAGCUCCGUCCGCCGGGUCCGCUUGGGCUUUUCACGCGCCGUGAGCUCACCGAACGUCCUCACCGGUGUGUUAGCGGAGGAGACACACGGAGUAGUUUGCCAUAAUGUUUGACAACCAGGUCGCUUUUUGAUUUCAUACCGGGAAGCUUUUUUUCUUUCUUUUUUUCUUUUUCUGUGGAAAGGCGGGGCCGAACCGGUGGACACCCAAACUGGAUUACCGAGCUCUCCGUGCGCCGAUUCACCCACAGCGACGCAGCGCUUUUUGGGGGGUCGACGGAGGAGGCAACAGCCGGGAUUUAGCAGCGUUUCUUCACAACUCUUCCCCUGCCUGCCGCUCACGUCGGGUGCGAGCAGUUGUUCGUCUCAGUGGCCUCCCCUCUCCUUCCCCGUUCAGGAACAUAUAACCAGCUUUGGGACGCGUAUUUUGAUUUAUUUCUAUUCUUUUGGAGGGGGGAUAAUUCCUCCCCAGCCGGGGUCGGACUAUGGCGGACGACGACAUUCUCUUUGAAGAUGUGUACGAGCUCUGCGAGGUCAUUGGCAAGGGUCCCUUCAGUGUGGUGAGAAGAUGCAUCAACAGAGAGACGGGGCAGCAGUUUGCUGUCAAAAUCGUGGAUGUGGCCCAGUUCACGUCCAGUCCUGGACUCAGCACAGAGGAUCUGAAGAGGGAGGCCAGUAUCUGCCACAUGCUGAAGCACCCCCACAUCGUGGAGCUGCUGGAGACCUACAGCUCGGACGGGAUGCUCUACAUGGUGUUCGAGUUCAUGGACGGAGCAGAUCUGUGUUUUGAGAUCGUGAAGAGAGCGGACGCCGGCUUCGUCUACAGCGAGGCAGUGGCCAGCCACUACAUGAGACAGAUCCUCGAGGCGCUACGUUACUGCCACGACAACAAUGUCAUCCACCGAGAUGUCAAGCCUCACUGUGUGCUGCUGGCGUCCAAAGAAAACUCGGCUCCGGUGAAGUUGGGAGGGUUCGGAGUCGCCAUCCAGCUCGGGGAGUCGGGACUGGUGGCAGGAGGUCGCGUAGGAACUCCACACUUCAUGGCCCCAGAGGUGGUGAAGAGGGAACCGUACGGUAAACCUGUGGAUGUCUGGGGCUGUGGAGUCAUCCUCUUCAUCCUCCUGUCGGGAUGUCUCCCUUUUUACGGCACCAAGGACCGUUUGUUUGAAGCCAUCUGCAAAGGCAAAUACAAGAUGAAUCCUCGCCAGUGGAGCCAGAUCUCAGAGAGCGCUAAGGAUCUGGUGAGGCGAAUGCUGAUGCUGGAUCCUGCUGAGAGGAUCACCGUCUACGAGGCUCUUAACCACCCCUGGCUCAAGGAGAGGGACCGCUAUGCCUACAAAAUCCACCUGCCGGAGACGGUGGAGCAGCUGAGGAAGUUCAACGCCAGGAGGAAGCUCAAGGGAGCCGUUCUGGCUGCCGUGUCCAGCCACAAGUUUAACUCGUUCUACGGAGACCCGCCCGAGGAGCUCCACGACUUCUCCGAUGACCCCAGCUCCUCAGGACUACUAGCAGCAGAACGCGCUGUGUCUCAGGUGUUGGACAGUUUAGAGGAGAUCCACGCUCUGACGGACUGCAGUGAAAAGGACUUAGAUUUCCUCCACAGCGUUUUCCAGGACCAGCAUCUACACACACUGCUCGAUCUCUACGAUAAGAUCAACACCAAGUCAUCGCCACAGAUCAGAAACCCUCCCAGCGAUGCUGUGCAGAGAGCCAAAGAGAGUUCCUCCCAGGACGGAGCGAGUGGCGCUUUGAAACAUCGGGACUAUGUACUGGAAGAGAUCUCCUGCUACCCAGAGAACCACGAAGCUAAAGAACUCAGACGGAUACUGACCCAGCCUCAUUUCAUGGCCCUGCUUCAGGCCCACGACGUGGUGGCCCACGAGGUUUACAGCGACGAGGCCCUGAGGGUGACCCCUCCGCCCACCUCGCCCUACCUGAACGGAGACUCUCCAGAGAGCGCCAACGGAGACAUGGACCUGGAGAACGUCACCAGGGUCCGGCUGGUCCAGUUCCAGAAGAACACCGACGAGCCGAUGGGCAUCACGCUGAAGAUGAACGACUCCAACCACUGCAUCGUGGCCAGGAUAAUGCACGGGGGAAUGAUCCACAGACAAGGAACGUUGCAUGUUGGAGAUGAAAUCAGGGAGAUCAACGGCAUCAGUGUGGCCAACCAGACUGUGGAGCAGCUGCAGAAGAUGCUGAGGGAGAUGCGAGGCAGCAUCACCUUUAAAAUAGUUCCCAGCUACCGGACACAGGGCUCCUCGUGUGAGGACCUGCCAUCCACCAUCCAGCCUAAAGGUCGACAGAUUGUAUCCAGACCUCCAAUCAAGGACAAAAUGUCUGUUAAGAUCUACGUGAGGGCCCAGUUUGAGUACGACCCCUCCAAAGACGAGCUCAUCCCCUGCAAGGAGGCCGGCAUUCGCUUCCGCGUGGGCGACAUCAUCCAGAUCAUAUCCAAGGAUGACCACAACUGGUGGCAGGGCAAACUGGAAAACACUAAAAACGGCACAGCAGGCCUCAUCCCAUCGCCUGAGCUGCAGGAGUGGCGAGUGGCCUGUAUAGCCAUGGAGAAGACCAAGCAGGAGCAGCAGGCCAGCUGCACCUGGUUUGGCAAGAAGAAGAAGCAGUACAAAGACAAGUAUUUGGCAAAGCACAACGCAGUGUUUGACCAACUAGACCUCGUCACGUAUGAGGAGGUUGUGAAGCUGCCUGCUUUCAAGAGGAAAACACUAGUAUUGUUAGGCGCUCAUGGAGUCGGCAGACGGCACAUCAAGAACACACUCAUAACCAAACACCCCGACAGAUUCGCCUACCCCAUCCCACACACGACCAGACCUCCCAAGAAGGACGAGGAGAACGGCAAGAACUACUACUUUGUUUCCCAUGACCAGAUGAUGCAGGACAUCAGCAACAACGAGUACCUGGAGUACGGCAGCCACGAGGACGCCAUGUACGGGACGCGGCUCGAGACCAUCCGGAAGAUCCACCAACAGGGACUCAUCGCGAUCCUGGAUGUCGAGCCUCAGGCCCUGAAGGUCCUGCGGACAGCAGAGUUUGCCCCGUAUGUCGUCUUUAUCGCUGCACCAACUAUCACACCAGGCAUCAAUGAGGACGAGUCGCUCCAGCGGCUGCAGAAAGAGUCGGAGAUCCUGCAGAAGACCUACGCCCACUACUUCGACCAGACCAUCAUCAACAACGAGAUCGAUGAGACCAUCAGGCACCUGGAGGAGGCCAUCGAUCUGGUGUGCACCACCAGCCAGUGGGUCCCCGUGUCCUGGGUCUACUAACCUGCACCGCCUCCUCCUCUACUACUCCAUCUCCCCUCCCAGCAACCACACCUCAGCCAAACUCCCAUCGCUCUCUCUUCACAAACAACAAUAAUGAAAAAACUAUGAACACAGACGGAUGGGAAACCUCUCUCUCUCUACACUGCACUCGAUCGAAAACACCCUCAGCGUACUGUGAAAGUGACCACAGCAUUCAACCGAAAUCCUCCUGAGCGCCGCGAGCGACGACCUGCAGCCGCCAAAUACGGGACUCUCACCCUUGCAGACGACCUAGUCAUAGUGUUGUAUAAAAACAGAGUAAACAAAACGUGAAUAUUGUCAUGUCUGUACUAGCUAGGAGGCGACAUUUUUGUAGAUGUUUGUUUUAAAGAGACAGUACCGCGUUCCCGUCCGCUCACCGCUAGCUCCCAUCACACAGAGACGCAGUCAGUGGGUGUUCUGUCCGUCAGCAGACUGAAGUAAAAGCACACAAACACACUGCAAUGUCCUCUCAUCUAUACAUCAUGUCAGCAGCCAUCCUUAUUUAUUCAUUCCUGUUCUUUUCAAAACCGUUACGCCGGAUUAUUCCCACUCAUCUCUCCCGCCGUUAGCGCUCGGUACCGUCACAGUAUCACCUUUCCACCCUCCCAGGUACUGUCUCUUCUAAAUAAAUCCAUAAAUGUUUUAGAGAUUUGAAUGAGGUUAUCAUGCAUGUGGACAUUUGCAAGCUUCCAUGCUGUCAGUCAGUCAGUGUUCCCCGUGUCCCUCUGUAAACCUCCGAGAAAGAAAAAAUAUAUACAUUUAAAGGAAAAAAAACAUUCCAGUUGUUUUGGAAGACUGAACUCAGCCAAGAGAAGCCAGAGGGGGCAAGAAAAAUAAAAUCCAAUAAAAAUAAACCAACAGAGACGGAGCCGGACGUUGACGUGACACCUAUGCACAUCCCUUGCAUUUUGGGUGACAUUUCUAAACCACAGAUUUAUAGAAAGAUUGACCAUGUAAGUGAGAUGUGUUUGUAAAAAAAAACAAAAAAGAAAAUCUCAUAAAAGUCUUGAUUUUUUUUUCCUCUUCGAUUUGUCAUUUAAAAAAAAAAGGGUAAAUUUCACCUGAUUGCUCAUUUGCCAUUUCAGAAAUGUGAUGUCCCGCAGUAUUAGUGUCUCAAUCAAGUUUAAAAAUGGACGAGCCAUGAAAUGCUGAUUUUCAUUCUGAAACUGUGUAAACUGUCUGCGAAGCGAGCGAAGAGGAGGCAGCGUGUGCAACUGUUUAACCACAUAUACGAAUACGACAGACCGACGUACAACUGCCCCUGUGUAAAUGACUCUGCAAUGAUAAAAGUUCUUCAGUAUGAACAGUUUUUUAAAAUAUAUUUCCUUUUAUGUGUUGGAAACAUGAA